AUGGCAUACUCGAGAGUUUCCGCGCUAGCCUGCGCGCUGCCCCUGGUGGCGCUCGUCCUCACGUCUUUCUGCCUCAACGCCUCCGCCGAGCUUGCCGUCCCCGAGGCUGCCUCGUCCGCCCUUGCCGCCGCCAUGCCCGGCGAUCUGGCUCAGCUCGACGCCACCAAUGCUCUUGGCGACGACGCUGCGACGAGGAGGAUUCUCGACGACGACGACGAUGACGAUGAGGACAAGAAGAAGAAGGAUAAGAAAAAGAAGAAGGAUAAGAAGUCGAAGAAGUCUCCCCCCACACCCUCUCCUUCCACUCCCACCCCCACUCCCACUCCCACCACUCCGAACAAGAAGGGCGGCAAGAAGACUCCUCCCACUCCCGCAACCCCCGCAACCCCCGCCACUCCCGGCAAGCCCACCGCUCCCGGCACACCCGCAGGAAAGCCGGCGGUGAAGCUGAGCGGCGCGGAUUCGAAGGUGACAUCGCUGCUGGAGGCGGCGGCGGUGGACGUCGAUAGCGCCAAGGCGAAGCUGUCCGUCAAGACGUACGUCAAGAGCCUGACGGACACGGCGGCGGCGCUGCGCAACGCGGCGAUUCUGAUCCGCACUGGGCAGCGCACGCUGGUGGCGGGGCAGAUCGACAACUCGAUCGCCACCAUCAACGGCGUGAGCAUGAUGCUCCCCGCCGGCGGCGCCGACAAGAGCCUGCUCGCCUCCGCGCUCGGCAAGGCGCAGGGCGCCAAGGCCGCGUGGAAGGCGUAA